AGAAAAGCGGCAGCGGCGGCGGCACCACCACCGCUCGACCCGCAGCCGCCCGGCCCGCGAGGAGGCAGCGGCGGCCGCUGGCGGGGGCGGAGGCGGCGGCGGAGAGGCGAGGAGGAGCCGCGGGAGGAGCAAGAGCGCGCAGCCGGCGGGUCCACGCAUCUCAGCACUUCCAGAGCAACUCCGGCGCCUUCCACACCCCUGCCCGGGGCUGGGGGCUCCGAGAGCGGCCGCGAAGCCAACCCUAUCCUCCCUGCGAACCCUGCCCAGCCCUGCCCUGCGCCUCCCGGGCUCCGCUCCGCGCGGCGGGUUUCCCGCUCCUGCGCUCCGGGCGCGCCUCCCGGACGCCCGGGUCCCCGCAGCCAGGACAAAGCCAUGAAGCCGGGGCUGCUGGAAGUGAUGAGGAUGAACAGAAUUUGCCGGAUGGUGCUGGCCACUUGCUUGGGAUCCUUUAUCCUGGUUAUCUUCUAUUUCCAAAGUAUGUUGCACCCAGUCAUGCGGAGGAACCCCUUCGGUGUGGACAUCUGCUGCCGGAAGGGGUCCCGAAGCCCCCUGCAGGAACUCUACAACCCGAUCCAGCUGGAGCUCUCCAACACGGCCGUCCUGCACCAGAUGCGGCGGGACCAGGUCACAGACACGUGCCGGGCCAACAGCGCCGUGAGCCGCAAGCGGCGGGUGCUGACCCCCAACGACCUGAAGCACCUGGUGGUGGAUGAGGACCACGAGCUCAUCUACUGCUACGUGCCCAAGGUGGCAUGCACCAACUGGAAACGGCUCAUGAUGGUCCUGACCGGGCGGGGCAAGUACAGCGACCCCAUGGAGAUCCCGGCCAACGAGGCGCACGUCUCGGCCAACCUGAAGACCCUGAACCAGUACAGCAUCCCCGAGAUCAACCACCGCUUGAAAAGCUACAUGAAGUUCCUGUUCGUGCGGGAGCCCUUCGAGAGGCUGGUGUCCGCCUACCGGAACAAGUUCACGCAGAAGUACAACACCUCCUUCCACAAGCGCUACGGCACCAAGAUCAUCAAGCGACAGCGGAAGAACGCCACGCAGGAGGCCCUGCGCAAGGGCGACGACGUCAAGUUCGAGGAGUUCGUGGCCUAUCUCAUAGACCCGCACACCCAGCGCGAGGAACCCUUCAACGAACACUGGCAGACCGUCUACUCCCUCUGCCACCCGUGCCACAUCCACUAUGACCUCGUGGGCAAGUAUGAGACGCUGGAGGAGGAUUCCAAUUACGUCCUGCAGCUGGCGGGCGUGGGCAGCUACCUGAAGUUCCCCACCUACGCCAAGUCCACGAGAACUACUGAUGAAAUGACCACAGAGUUCUUCCAGAACAUCAGCUCAGAGCACCAGACGCAGCUGUACGAAGUCUACAAACUUGAUUUUUUAAUGUUCAAUUACUCAGUGCCAAGCUACCUGAAAUUGGAAUGAAGGGUGGAGGUGGGGAGAGGGGCGAGAAUCGUGCUUUUUAAUUUAAGAUUUUUAUUUGUCAAAAGAAUUCUAUGGAUAUUGGGUUAUUUUGUAAAUUAAUAUUUCUUUGGGGAUGAUGCUGCGAGCAGCAUAGUGAGAAUUAUUUAAAAUCCUUAGUACGGAAGGACGGCUGUCUUUGCAGGGGACUAGGAUGGGUGUCCUUGUUUUUUAGACAUGAAUCCCCCAACACUGUUUCAGAGGUUUCUUUGUGUUCUGGUGAAUUCCAUGAAUUGUGCAUCCCAUAAAUUCUAA